AUCCCGGGGAUUGAAAAUUGAAAUGUUCACGUUUUCUUUCACUGAUUUUUCUUCGAGAUUAUAGGCAAUUAAAUCUACGACCUCAUGACCCAAACGCCCCUGCCACUAACAAGCCAAAUCCUUGGAAAAAGAAGAGGUCAUACUGAUGGAUGAAGGGUGAAUGGUAACAUUACUUUAUCAUGGAACUAAUCGAAACUUCGCCCCACACGUGUGCUCGAUAUAUAUGCGGAAAUACGCACAAUUGCCGAUGGUUGUAGCUGCGAAAGACUGGUUUGUUCGCGAUUGCAGCAGAGACAGAUUCAAUCUAAAACUUGGCUUUGAAGGCUUUAGGGAUAGGGUCAUCGAAAACACUUUUGCCGAAGAGCAGUGCUAUUUUCAUGGUUCUACAAUUUAUCACUAUAGGAUGAAGCACUUCUCCAGCUUCCAUUCUAAUGCAUGGACAAUAUGCAGAAAUUCAAUAGCUGGCACACAUACAAAAGGGGAAAAAUAAGAGCAAAUGUGACCGUAAUUUUUCCAAAUUGUAAUUUAUUAUAAUUUUUUGCCAUUAUAAUGUAUAAGAAAACACAAUGGUAUCCCUGCUUAGAGGAAGCGUAUAUAAUUUGCCACUGUUUUUCUCCAAAAUUUUCAAUUAUUAUGUAAUAGAAUUUAAACAGACACAAAUGGCCACUAAUGGAUAUAUUAGAUUUGGCACUGUAUUUUUCUAGAUUUUAAAUUAUUAAAUAAUGGAAUUCAAGCA